CAGGCCUGCUGAACCUGCCGAAGGAAGUCGACGUGACGCGCGCCCCGCGAAUCCUUGAGAUUGUUAAAAAAAGCAGCGGUGUAGCGGUGAGCGGACUCAACCAUCAACUCAGUCAGUCCUACUCGCUCGUUUGCGGUCGACGGCCGACGGCAGCGCACGCCUGCAACGACCCGCCGCCCACCGCCAGCUGAUCGCCGUCAUGUUGCACUGUCCGCGCUGCUCGAACUAGCGCCACCGCAGGCCAUGGAGCCCGCCGUCGCCGCCGCCGGCUGGAGUCUGCAUGACUCCGCCAACAACAAUAAAGAGCACCGUAAUCGCAACUACCUGCUGCAGCAGGAUGUGCAGGCGGUCGUCAGUGAAAAGGGCAAGCAAAAAAUACAAUGCCUGCUGGAUCAGGUAUACGGCCUGCUGCCGAUCGAGCAGCUGCUGCUGUACCUGAAACUGCCCACCGAGCAAACGGGCGCCGUCGACCCGCUGCGGCAAUCAAUGAAUCCAUUGGGCAGUCGCAGCGAGAUUAACCAGACUAUAAUUUGGAUUCAAACGCACCUGGAGGAAGAUAAGGAGUUGUCGCUGCAGAAGAAAGGCGUCUAUGAUGAUUAUGUAUCGUUCUGUGAACCGAACGGUAUCAAACCGCUUUCCACCGCUGACUUUGGCAAGGUGAUGAAGCAGGUGUAUCCGAAUGUACGCCCACGACGACUUGGUACUCGUGGUCAGAGCAAGUACUGCUACUCGGGGCUGCGCAGUCGCGUUAAACUGGAUGCGCCACUUUUGCCUGAUUUGUCUGACAAACCAAUGUCAACAGAAGCAAAUUGUACCCAAUCCGAUUACAUGGCAGCCGCAUGGUACAUAAUCAAAGAAUGGGCGGAAGAGAAGCUCUCGGUACAAUUUCAAAGUGCCAUAUCGUUAGCUUACUACUUGGUUAAAGAGCUUUCGAUUGCGAUUGGUUCGGAAGCAGCGCAGGUUGUGACGACGUUGGCCACGACGACUUGCAGCGACAAUACUCAUUAUGGUUACAUCAAUAAACACAAAGAGACAACGAUGCAGCUGCAGCGCAAGCUUCAGCAGACGAAAGAGAGUAAAAGGAAACAGAUGCAAACGGAAAAGAGUGAACAAAAGUUUCGUGGUAAGAAAUUUAAAGGAUCACCGCCGUCAACGAGCUGCAGCACAUCACCGAUCGUCCCUUUGGAGAACAAGCACAGCCCACAGACGCAUGAAUAUUCAUCAAACUGUGAUAGCGCCAAUAAUUCGUUACCUGAUUUUAAUAGCUUUCACCGGCCGCCGUCAACGACGCCCGAUGUUGAUUCUACCAUUACGAACAAGUCAAAUUAUAUCGGCAAGGCGGCACCAACACGCAUUGCGAAACAAUCCGCGUCGAAGCGAAAUAAAAGCAGCAAGUACAAAGUAAUUCAGCCGAAACCUGAGUUUUGUGAUAUCGAAUCUUUUGAUUCGAAAGACAUGGUCGAUAAUGGAGGUGUCGAUAACGGCAAGCCGAAGAAGAUUAAAAAGGAGGAAGCGCUGGCGUUUCUUUCUUCUAAUGACCCAUCGCCGUAUUUUUCGCGCGAACGCCUCGAAAGUGUAAGUCAAGUCUCCAAAGACGCUCUAGACGAGUAUCUCGGUACAUCUAACAGCCAAGAGCAACAAGAAGAAGAGAUCAUCAAAUACCUAGGUAAUAAUGACGGCGAUAAACUUGUCCAGUUGCGUGAGUUGCUCGUUCAAAACUGCCCUGCAAGUAGCACUUCUUCAGCGUUCACGCCAGCGAGUAAAAAUAAUCAACGCAAUGCGCAAAAAUCGGCGCAGAAUAUGAAUGCGAAGCGACGCGUUAGUUUCGACACGACUGUGCAGGAUGACUACUCGUUCCGGCGACGCAAUGAGGUUAACUUUAUCCCUAUUUCCAGCCCGAACGGCGGUAAGCAGUCGAUGUGCUCGAGCGCUAACGCAAGUCCUUUUGUUAGUCCCCGUAAUACCCCAAUCCUGCGCGCGGUUAAACACCGUACCUCGAAACCGAAACUCCCGAAUCUGGAGCUGAAACUCAACCACCACCACGACCCUGUCGAGUAUCGUAAUACAAUGGUAAAUUUACCGAUGUCGGCACCGCCGAGUCCAAAAACAUACGCGUAUGGUAAGUUUUAUCCCAGUACACAAUCCGCUUAUCCUCCGCAUGUAAUAGACGAUACUUUACCACAACCUCAUAAUUCCUUCCGCUCACAGUCUGUCCCUGUUAACGCCGAACAGAAUCAAAUCUACAAUGCGUUUAACUACCCGCCGGCGGGUAUGAGUUCAGAGCUGAAUGAAAAUAUGGCCGUCAAUGAGCUCAUCAACGAUAUGGAAUCACUACCAGGCGAUCUACACAUGUUUGACAAUGCAUCGUGCCGUACGCGGAAUGAUGAUGAGCUUAAGUUUCCGUCCAGAUCGGUGCCGAAUACACCACUCCCCUAUCAUCCUACUGUAGAUUUUCAAACAUUUGAUAAAAUUAAUGUCAGCUCUAAAUCCUAUCCGACCACACCACUUGCUUCAGAGACAUUUAAUUAUGGUCAGGGCCAUGAUUAUCUGCUGAACGGGCAGCCUAUUAAGGAGAAGCCGAUUAACUUUAUGCCAGCGCCGACGGACGACAGCAACACUGUAUAUUCCACAUUUUCGGAUGGAGAGUUGAAAGGUGUUAAUGUUAGCCUGGAACCGAGCCUACCUGAUUGCGAACUUAUUAGCAAGUCUAAUAUCGAUGACAUUUUUAAAGAUGUGCCUGAAUAAUUAUUUUAGAACAUAUGAAACGACUGUGAUACACACGCUGAGUUCUUUAUGAGGGAAAGGGUCUUAUGAUUUACUAACAGGCGCCGCUGCCAUUUUGUGCAUUUCGGUUUCUGAAGGUGCCCAGCACAUAAAACACGUGUUUUGUGCAAUCAGUGAAUCAGAUUCACGAAACAAAAAAUGUAAUUUUAGAAACUUGUAAAGAACACUAAUUGUGAUUGUGUACCCUUGUGCAUAUAUUCGUACUUGUGUCCAUUUUAUCUAUAGCUGAUUCGAUAACAAAUCAAAUUGAACUCUUUACGAUUGCAUAUUGCAAUCUACGUCGAGCUUAUAUUAUUACACAUAUUUCACUUAUAUACAAAUUGUGAAAUUGUUCAUUUACGAAAUGCAUUAUUAGAAUAAUUGUUAAUGAUAUAUAAUGAUAAUUGCGUGUUUGGUUUGUAUGGAUUGACAAGGUGCAACGAAUAUUUUUCUACUUGGAUUCGAGAUUCUUGAUAAAUGUUGAAAAAUGUUAUAUAAUGUUGAGUAUGUUGUGUAUCUGUAAACGUAACUUGAAAAACGUUUGAUCUCGGCGAGGCGCGCAUCUUUUAGUACAGAUGGACAUAUAAUAUACAAUGAAUCAUAUAUUUUAUAUUGACUGAUCAAAAUACUUAUUUAAGUUUGCGAAUGCGUUUUGUAAAUAACAAAGUAAAUCCAUAAGCAUAGUGAGUAGGCAAAAAGAAUAUCUAUAUAUGGAGAGAGAGAGCGAGGAAUUGCGCGAUUAUCGUGGGCGGAUAUAUGAAUAUUUUUCGUACGUGUUUACAUGUUGUGGUGAUGUCCCCAGUGUCUUUAAGAUUUAACAAAAACGAAAUUGACCCAUUGUUAUAAAUACAUCGCACACUCACAUCCCGGUUAUGGACGAUAGGUAUUGUUUUGUUCUCGGUAUAUCUGCUGUAUUAGGAUGUCUAUACAAACAAAGUUCUGAAAACCUGCGUUCGAUGUACUUCUACAUAUUAUAUGUUAUUUGGAUUUCGCUUGUAUUCGUGUACCUAAACAAAAACCAAUAAAAUAAUCAAAUAUCA